AUGGGGCGGCGAUGGACCCCGGGGAUCUGCGCGGUGGCGCUGAUCUGUCUCGCCGCCGCCGCCGCCGCCGCCGCGGGAGACUCCGAUCCCGACGAGCUGGAGCGCGCGUAUCCAAUCGUGGAGCCGGAUUAUGGCCACACUAAACUCCGUCUGUCACAACAAGGUCUAGAGGCCAUUCGAAGGAUUGAAAAUCCUAUAGCUGUUGUUGGUGUCAUUGGUCCAUAUAGAUCUGGAAAGUCUUUUCUCCUCAACCAACUUCUCUCCUUAUCAUGUGAUAAAGGUUUUGGAGUUGGUCAUAUGCGGGAUACUAAAACUAAAGGUAUUUGGAUUUGGGGUACACCUGUUGAGAUGGAUGUUGAUGGCACCAAAGUAUCUGUCCUUUAUCUUGACACUGAAGGAUUUGAGAGUGUUGGGAAAUCCAAUGUAUAUGACGAUAGGAUAUUUGCUUUGGCGACAGUCUUAAGUUCUGUCCUCAUCUAUAACCUUCCUGAGACGGUGCGUGAGGCUGAUAUAUCGAGGCUCUCAUUUGCUGUUGAUAUCGCCGAGGAAUUCUAUGGAAGAGUGAAGGGGGGAGAUAUUGCUUUUGAGCCAGCAAAGCUUCUUUGGCUUAUCCAGAGGGAUUUCUUGCAAGGAAAAUCAGUUCAGCAAAUGGUCAAUGAAGCCCUCCAGCGGGUGCCUAAUGAUAGUGGGGACAAAUAUAUUGAUGAGGUCAAUCAAAUCAGAGAUUCGUUAGCAAUUAUGGGCAACAACAGCACUGCUUUUAGCUUACCGCAGCCUCAUUUACAAAGAACAAAAUUAUGCGAAAUGGAUGACAAAGAGCUUGACCCGUUAUAUGUGAAAAGACGAGAGGAAUUGAAGCAGGUUGUUGGAUCCAUCAUAAAACCUAAAUUUGUACAGGGGAAAACUCUAAAUGGAAAGGAAUUUGUCUCCUUUCUGGAGCAGAUACUCGAGGCUUUGAACAAAGGAGAGAUUCCAUCAACGGGGUCUCUUGUUGAAAUAUUCAACAAGGCCAUUCUAGAACGCUGUUUGAAUGUAUAUAAGGAAAAAAUGGAUGGCUUAGGUCUACCUGUACCAGUAGACAAACUGCAGAAAAUUCAUGAGGUGGCGAAUGAUCAAGCCAGAAUGCUCUUUAAUAAGCAGCACUUUGGUAAGCAUCAUGCUGGUCAGUCAUUCGUCAAGCUUGACGAAGAGAUUACAAAGGUGUACAGAAACUUCCUUCUAGCCAAUGAGUAUCAAUCCUCAAAACUUUGUGAAGCACGUUUCUCAGAAUGUGAAGAUAAAAUGGAUCACCUUCAAGUCUUGAAACUUCCUUCCAUGGCUAAGUUCAAUGCAGGCUUUUUUCACUGCAAUCGGACAUUUGUAACGGAAUGUGUGGGGCCUUCGAAAGAAAGAUAUGAACUUAGAAUGUCAAAGAUGCUCCUCAAGUCUCGUGCUCUUUUCAUCAAGGAGUACAAUAACAAGCUCUUCAAUUGGUUGGUGACCUUCUCUCUGGUCAUGGUCGUGCUUGGCCGCUUUGUCAUCAAAUUCCUUCUACUUGAAAUUGCUGCUUGGGUGAUGUUCAUCUUCCUGGAAACAUACACAAGAAUGUUCUGGUCAGCAGAAUCGCUGUACUAUAAUCCAGCCUGGCACAUCAUUGUUUCUUCUUGGGAAACCAUUGUGUACAGCCCUAUUCUCGAUUUGGACAGAUGGGCAAUCCCAAUUGCCUUAUUGCUAUUGUUUUGGCUUUUUUACUGGCGUUGCUUCGGUAGAAGGAAACGGGGCAGUCGCUCUUUGCUCCCACUAUACAAGAAUUCUCACAAGAACUCCACUCGUGCAAGAUCAGACUGAUCACUCGUCAUUAUUUCUGUAAGGGAGGUACAGAAUAUCACCAAAAAAGAUAGAACAGGAGGAUAGUUUGAAUCUUUUCAUCCAUGAUGUUGGAUGGGCUUUCUUUUGCUGACGGUUGCCAUGACCCCUGAGCCUGUCUCAAAUUCGUUUUGCCUGAUGAAGAGAUGGGAAUUCUGGCGUCGGGUGCGUCACAAGCGUUUGUUGUGUGUUCCACAAGCGUUUGUUGUAACACAUGGAUACAUGAAUAUAUUUAUGCACUUUUGUAGGUAGGAUGUUCUUACGAGGUACACCUCAUUCAUUGAUUAUUGUUCACUUGUGAACAAAGUUCAUACAUGAAUUGUUUUGAGGAUAAGCACUCCAGCCAACCUUGCACCUUAGUCCACUAGACUCGAGUUGGCAUAUCACUGAACAUAUUGUAAUGGACCUUCAAUGUUUCAGCCGUUUUGAGCAAUGUAAUUUCUUGGUUUUGGGCAUU